AUGCGUCUGAUCGUCAAAGUCGGUGGAAUUGUUGCCGUUAUUUGCACUGCAUGGUUCCUCCUCAAUAGCAAUGGAUAUAUGGUGUGGAAUGGAGUUCCACUUCGACACCACGAGGCUAUGAACAAUCAGGAAUACUCUGCUCCACGGCAACCACCGAAUUUAGAUGGAAAAAGUAAUCAACCGGAAGAUUACAAUACAUUGCAUAGGCAAGCGCUCAGCAUAGCCCUGCAUCUAAGCGCCACGCUAAAUGGAAGUGCUUCGAACUGGUCACUCGAGAUGGCGAGUCGUCUGAUUCGGAUGGAUGAACUAGGUGGACACGCUGAACACAGGAGACGUGAGCUUGUGCGUCUGGGUGAAUUGUUUCAGAAACAGCUAUUCCAACUGCAACACCCCACCAACUGUUCUGCCGCCAGAUUUGUUGAGACAGGACUGCCGAUGUGUGGUUUUGGCUGUCAAAUCCACCAUAUUGCGCUUGCAAUGCAACUAGCAAUAGCAACUAACAGAACACUGUUUGUGCAUGGCUUCGAUCAAAUCUUCCAUGGACUGUUUCUCUCUUUGACUAACUGCACAGCAAUUGGAAAACAUCAAUCCGUGAUUGAGCAAAAAAUUGUCACUUAUGCGCAAGUAACUCCAUUGUCCCCUCCGGCACUGCCAGCUGAAUGGGCGAGUCUGCUUCAACCUCUACACGAGUCACCGUAUUUGUGGCUGCGUGGACACAUGAUUAAAUACGCGAUUCGUCUGAAAGACGCCUCUCUAUCGAAUCACACUAACUCAAUGGUUAUGAACCUUCGACGUGGUGGCUAUGGUCAAGUCUACGUCGGCAUCCACAUCCGUCGCACUGACAAACUCGUUAAGGAGGCCAAGUCGUUUUCCGUCAGUGCGUACAUGCAACACGUUGAGCAGCAUUAUCGAUUUAUAAGAACGUGUAAUGAGUUGAAAGGAAUUCUAAACGACACGCGCAGAAGAAAUAUUUUCCUGGCAUCUGACGAUCCAACCGUGUAUGCAGAAGCCAGGCAAACGUAUUCCAUGUAUUCAUUUCAUGAAAAAGGAACAAUCUUCCAAACCAACACUGACGUGAAAUCGCGAUUCACUAGAGGAGGACUUGAGUCUGUAUACUUCGAUGUGAUGCUGUUGGCUCACGCCGACUUCCUCGUCUGCACGUUUUCCUCCAAUGUUUGCCGACUGGCGCACGCCUUGAAACAGACACUGAACGAUCACUACGCCGACCGCACCCAGCAAACCGCUUCUGUAGACAUGGGUUAUUACAUCAUUGGCUCUCAAGAAAGCACGUGGAAAGUGUGGCUAGGUUACCCACCGCAUGCGAAACGCGGCGAUCUCGUCACGGUGUACAAAUACUCA